GGAUCCUCGCUUUCCCGCCGACGGUUGGCUACGUCACGUGACAUGGGUUGGAAGAUGGCGUCUCCCACAGACGGGACUGAUCUGGAAGCAUCUUUGCUAAGUUUUGAAAAACUUGACCGUGCCUCACCAGACCUUUGGCCAGAACAGUUACCAGGUGUUGCUGAAUUUGCAGCUUCCUUCAAAAGUCCUAUCACUAGCUCUCCACCUAAAUGGAUGGCUGAAAUAGAACGUGAUGACAUCGACAUGUUGAAAGAACUGGGUAGCCUCACCACAGCUAAUUUGAUGGAGAAGGUACGAGGCCUACAGAACCUGGCCUAUCAGCUGGGCCUGGAUGAGUCCAGAGAGAUGACCCGGGGGAAAUUCCUCAACAUUCUAGAGAAGCCUAAGAAGUAGCAGCUGCCUGUGGACGGGAUGUCCAGAGGAUUCUAACUAUGCUCCCUUGCCAGUGCAUCUCUGACCAUGCACACCUCACUGCUUCCUCAGGAGAGGCCGGAGGGUGUACCUCCAGGACUGACCCUCUCUCCUGCUCCUGGCACUCCAUGUCUCUGAGGACUUCGGCAACAAGAGAAGAAUCUGCUCUACCCGAGGAUCAUUGCAGUUUUUCCAUCAGCUUCCAGACUUGAACGUGCUUACCUCAGAUGUUGGCAACAGCAGAGGGCAUAUCAUUCUUAAAGGUCAAAGUCCUGCUUCCUCAUUUCCAGAAGUGAUUCAGGAGCCCCAGGAUCUUACAGUUGAUUUGAUUCUGUGAUGGCAAAGUCAGUUGUGCUAUAUCGAUUGGAUGGGUUUUUUUGAGUUGUACUUGAUCUCUUAGGAAGUAUUUAUGAUGCAAGGAGACCAGAGACUAACCAGAUUUCUGGACCAGUCCAUGCAGCCUGACCUGUGAGCUCUCCAGUUUAUAGUAGGUUCCAAGAAUCCCCAGCUGGAGAAACCAGAGUCUUCUCAGAAUGUAUACCUGCUUUUCCAGUUCUACAGUUCUCAUGAUGGUCCCAUCCCCCAACACCUUCUAUUCCCUUACACUCAGUCCCCACCAUCCAGUUCUGACUCCAGGGAAGGGGAUCUCUGAGUAGUGAGUCCCUCCUGGGUUUUGCUUGUGUCAUGAAAGCCUCAUCUGUACAAGGUUGCAUUAAGUUCUGGACCUCAAGACCAACAUGAAGGUGACAAAAAGGACUUUUGAGUUCUAGUUAAUCUGCUACAAAUUCAAGCCAGGAAGUCAGUAUGACCUGAAAGAUGGUAGAAGGGUAUGAUUUUCAGGAGUUCCUAUUUCACAAGAAACUAGAAACCCUAAUUGGCCUUAGAAUAAUGUGCUGUGGGAUGGUGGCAGUGUUUUGUCUCCCUUAUGUCCUCACACAGCACCUGUCAGAGACUUCACCCAUCUGACAGAAUUACAUGCACAUGAAAGAAUUUCAUGGCUUGAAUACAACUCUCAUGGAGCUCUUCAUCAGUGCUAGAACCUGAAAAUCUGAUCCAUGGACAAAAUCAAUUAAUACAUGUUCUCUGAAUUUUAUCUUACAAGCCAGCCCCACAGUCCCUGAUGUUUUGAGAAGUACAUGGGGUUUCCUAAAAAAAAGGGACAUCCAUGUGGCAGAAAUCUAAUGGUAUUUGGACUCAAGGAAGGUUAUGGUCAAGUUUUGGGUCCUGAGUGCUUGUACUAGGGUAUAGUACUCUCCAAUUUAACAGCUAGUCCGUUAAUCAUUUUCUGACCUUCAUACCUUGUUUCUCAUGCUAGAAUUAAUGUUGGAUUAAAAAAAAGGAGGGGGGGAUCAAACGUGAGACACAAAAGAUGAGGAUGAGAAAGAAAACAUUCUGCUUGGGUGCUACUUAGAAGUUUAGGUUUUAGAGGCUUUGAUUUUAAGUUAAGCUUAUUAUCAACAUUCCUUUAUCUCCCUAAAUGCGGUUAGCCUAUGUGUUUGUGUGUGUGUGUAUGUGUGUGUGAGUGAGUGUGGCCAAAAAAUAGUGCCAUAAUAUCAAAUUCUUCCUUUGCUCUGUUUUUGAGAGUUGAUGGCAUCAGGUACUUUCAAGUGCUUGGGGAAAUUGAGGACUAUAUGGAGAAAUACUGGGAUAGUUCCCCACACCAACCCUGUAAACCUGAAGCUAUGUAGUUGAUUUUCUGGUCUGCUUUGGCCUCUUUCUUUUACCGUCAUCUUGUUCACCAGCACUUAAUGUAAGUAGAUGUUUUAGAAUUGCGAUAUUUAUUGGUUUUGUAUUUGUUGUCCUUAGAAAUGUUAAUGAUGUAUUUUUAUAAUGAUAAUAUAAAUUUAUGUACAGUGAGUGUAUGUAUGUAUUUCAGGAUGUUAGAGGAUUGUACUUUAUAUAUGAUGGUUUCUGUGUCUUCAAAUAAACAUAUCCCUUUUAUAGGAGAGUG